UAAAACAAGGAUUUUGAGAUGAAGAGACAAAUAUCGAUGCACAGAAACCAAAGAUUGCCUCUACAUCUAUACUGACUCUAAUGUGUUCUGAAGAACAGAGCAUUUAGAGGCAGAAAAGCCUCAGAGAAGAGACACAGGCGACCUUGCUCGCGAGUCAAGAUAUUCAGGGUUAUCCCUAUCCCUCCACACCUCCAGGCCGCCUCCUCUGCGCCUGCUACCCAGACAGCAUGGCUCCGUCCCUCGCCACGGCCUUCGCGCGGCGCUGGUGGAUGGCCGUGACGGCCGUCAUAGAGAACCUGCUGUUCUCCGCGGUUCUCCUGGGCUGGGGUUCCCUGCUCAUCAUGCUCAAGUCUGAAGGCUUCUACUCCUACCUCUGCAAGGAACCUGGAAACAGCUCCAGCCACAACCUGUCGUGGGAGGCCGGGGGCGCGGAGGAGAGCCAGGUGAAGGAGGAGGAAGAGGAGGAGUUCCUGCAGAUGAACGGCUGGACCAUCUGUAAGGACCAGGAUGAGAUGCUGAACCUGGCGUUCACCGUGGGCUCCUUCCUGCUCAGCGCCAUCACCCUGCCCCUGGGCAUCGUCAUGGACAAGUACGGCCCGCGCAAGCUCCGCCUGCUGGGCAGCGCCUGCUUUGCCUUCUCCUGCGUCCUCAUCGCGUACGGAGCCAGCGACCCCAACAAUCUGUCCAUCUUGAUCUUCUUUGCUCUGGCGAUGAACGGCUUCGGAGGCAUGUGCAUGACCUUCACCUCCCUGACGCUGCCAAGCAUGUUUGGAGACCUGCGCUCCACCUUCAUUGCUCUCAUGAUUGGCUCCUACGCCUCUUCAGCCGUCACCUUCCCUGGGAUCAAGGUGAUCUAUGACCUGGGCGCCACGUUCAUCAGCAUCCUGCUGGUGUGGGCAGGCUGUGCUGGCCUUGUGUUCCUCAACUGCUUCUUCAACUGGCCCCUGGAGCCCUUCCCCGGCCCCGAGGACAUGGACUACACGGUGAAGAUCAAGUUCAGCUGGCUGGGCUUCGACCACAAGAUCACAGGGAAGCAGUUCUACCGUCAGGUGACGACGGUGGGACGCCGUCUGAGCGUGGGACACUCCAUGAAGCAGCACCCGCGGGAGCUGGCUGUGCAGGAGGGCAACAAGCUGUGCCUCUCCACCGUCGACCUGGAGGUCAAAUGCAAGGCAGAGGAAGAGACCCAGUCGUUCAUGAAGAGCAUCUUCAGUCCUAUCUUCAUGCUCAGCCUCAUCACCAUGUGUGUCACCCAGCUACGCCUCAUCUUCUACAUGGGGGCCAUGAACAACAUACUGGAGGCUCUCACAGACGGCGACCUCACAACAGGUGUGUGUGUGUUUGUGUUGAGCGUGUACACGUCCAUCUUUGGUGUUCUGCAGUUGCUCUGCCUCAUCACCUCUCCUGUGAUUGGCUACAUCAUGGACUGGAAGCUCAAAGACUGUGAGGAUGGAGAUGGCAAGGAUCUCAAAAAGGAGCCUGGAGCUCCCAAGAGGAGAGACAGAACCAUCCAGAAGAUCACCAAUGCCACGAGAGCCUUCAUCUUCACCAACCUGCUGCUGGUCUGCUUCGGAGCCACCUGUCUCAUUCCCAGCCUGCCUCUGCAGAUCCUGUCUUUCGUUCUGCACACCAUCGUAAGAGGCUUCAUCCACUCUGCUGUCGGAGGCCUGUACGCCGCUGUGUACCCCUCGUCUCAGUUCGGCAGUCUCACAGGGAUGCAGUCCCUGAUCAGCGCUCUCUUCGCUCUGCUGCAGCAGCCCCUCUUUAUGGCCAUGGUGGGCCCCCUGGAGGGAGACCCCCUAUGGGUGAACGUGGCUCUGUUGGGGCUAAGCAUGCUGGGAUUCUGCCUGCCUCUCUACCUGCUCUGUCACAGCCGACACCUGCGGCGCCUGCAGCGCGAGCGCCAAGAGGACCCCAAGAUCUACGUCCAGAUCAACACCGGCAGCAAACCUGAGGCCUCCGUCUAGACCGGGAGGAGGGAGGAAGAAGAGAGAGGAAGAAAAGAGAGGGGAGGAGAGGAGGAGAAAGGGGAAGAGGUGAGAGGAGGAGAAAAGAGGGAAGAGAGGAGAAGAAGAGAGGAUGAGAAGAGAGAAGAGGAGAGGAGGACAGAGGAAAUGGGGUUAGAUGAUGAUGCGUAGCUGAUUCCUCCCCUCCUCCAGCCUCUCAGUCCGUCUGCACUUGCACUCAGACGAUACUCUCUCACACUCCUGGGGUCGUACAUUCCCCCUGUCCACACACACACACUCAUUCACACACACACACUGACUCAGACAAUGCUCUCUUACACUCCUGGACCCGUACAUUCUCCCCAUAAACACACACACGUCCACUGCCAAUCAAUGAACCCGGGACAGUAUCACACCCUGACACGUACUGCACACACACACCCUCUGGAACCUUCUACACUGUGAAACUCCUGCCACACACACCAACACACGAGACACUGGAUCUGAAGGUCAACUGUCAGCGUGGAUCUCACCUGUAACAUGACCGUGUCGUCGUCCAGAAACAUGCCACGCCCUACACUGCACCUGGAAGCUCUACAUGCCACGCCCUACACUGCACCUGGAAGCUGAGGAAAGAGAGAGAAACUUAACUUGAAAAUAUCUUUAUCGGGCAGUCAAAACUGCCAGAUAGACACCAGUUACAUCACAAUAGCCGUUUUGGAUCCUACCUACUCAUAUAUAUAGAGAGAAAGAAAGGGAAAGAGAGGGAGAGAGAAAGAGAGGGAGAGAGAAAGAGAGGGAGAGAGGGAGAGAGAAAGAGAGGGUAAACUCUCGUGGUAAACAAUGACUCUUUCUAGUCAUCUGCCAACUCUGCUAGUCCACCACAAAAGAAGAGAACCAGACAAUGCCAUUGGUGGAGAUGCCAAGUCCAGCACAAUUACAAUUUUCCUGUCGCUCUCCAAGGUGUUAAUGACAGCAACAAUGUUGAGGUUCUCUGAUUGGUUCAUGUGUCUCUGUAUCUUGACGCCUCAGCUCCUGAUUGGUUCGCGUCAGUCCCUCUUUGUGCCAUGGACUUCCAAUCAGAUCUCUGAGUUCACAGUUGCCCCCUCGCCAUUGGUGGCAGUCCUGUGAGUGAGAGUGAAUUGCUUUCAAUCGACGCCUCUGGGAGUCAGGGGUGCUUCAAUGCUAAAACGUGAGACUUCGGGGGGACGGAGGAACGCCACAGUGAUGUGGUGGAGACACCCUCCCUGUGCUGGACAGGGUGGUGGAGACAGACAGACAGACAGACAGACAGACAGACAGCUGUGUUAACCUGUGUUGACCCUCGAGGCCUGCAUGCUGCAGCUUCUCCAGGACUCGGUACCUCAGUGUCGAGGCUCCACACGCAUGGGGAGAUGUGCUGUUGUUACCAGCAAUAAUGUGCCACAGUGAGAUGACACAGUGCACUGCUAGGCAGGGUGAUUAAGCAGCAAUGCAUGUUACUGUAUAACCACACACACACACACGUACUGUACACACAUGGACACACAUAUACUGUCAACACAUUCUGCACACACAUUCUGUAAACACACGCAUGCACACACACAGUUUGUAAACACACACACUAUAAACACACACACAGUUUGUAAACACACAUACUGUAAACACACACACACAGACUUGUCAUGGCAGUCUGUCUCGACAGAGUGUUUGUUUUAUAAAUGUCUUCAGAUUAACGGAUUAUAUUGCAUCAGGUAGCCUCCUUAAAAGUAAUCUUUUUUUCUUUCUUUUUUUUUGUUUACAACUGUAUUUACUUGCAAUAUCGAUUACAAUUGUGUAAUGAUCCAGUGGCAAAUGUUGUUUAGUGUAAUGAGAACAGUUUGUCAGGUUAAAUGAUGAUUUGAGUAGCUCGAUGGCCAGGAGACGGUGUAAAGCAUGAUGUGUUUUGAAGAGAGACUCUCUUCCUGAAACUGAGAUCCAUUUUAGCCUGGAUUCUCUUCAGCAACAGGUGCUUCUGUGAGGGGCUGAGCACAUCUUUGUUUCUCCCCCCCCCCCCUGCCCCCCCACCUCUCUCUCUCUCGCUCACCGAGAUCCUGUACGCACACACAAACAGUGCAAGAAUGUGUCUUUGUGUACUGUGACGUUUUAUCAACAAACAAGGUGCUUUUUAAUUAGAGGAACUUUUAAUCUAAUAUAGGGGCAUUUAUUGAGUCACUGUACCAUAUCGGAGGGUAUUUACCUAGCAUUUGAAUAUAAUGUAACCUGGUAAGAAUCUGUAUUUUUAUAUUUAUAUAUUAUACCCAGUCUAACAGAACUGGAAUUUGGUAACCACCUUUAUCGAUAUAGAUAUAAAUAUCUCAUUAUUUUAUCAAAUCUCAUUCAUUUUUAAUAUAAACACUCCACUAAGUAUUUGGUAAUUACGCACAACUUUAUAUUUAAUGAUAUGGUAAAUACCACUGUAAUAUAGAGGUACUGCUUAGUGGCCCCUGUAGGGUCCCACCCACACACCUCAAACUAGAAACUUGAAUCUGCUUCUACAAUCAUAGCAGGAGGUCGACCAGGGUCCUGGGGAGCUCGCGUCUUAGAUUCUGCUCUACGUUCUUGUAACUGUGGGCUCAGGGGCUUGAGUCAGAGAGAGAGAUACUGAUUGGCAUUUAGUCUCUUCUGUUUGUGCUCAGCGUAACUCACAGAAGCACUUCCAAAGACAGCCAGCACCCUGUAGAGUCUCUCUGUGUUCAGAUGAUUAGAUGUGGAUGAAGGCCUUUGCUGUUACAACCACCCACCCUCCCUCCCUUCCACCCUCCCUCCCUCACCUUCCAUCUCUCUGGCUCCUCCACACCCUGCUAACACUCCAGAAAUACUGCCUGAAGACCUGUUUCUCUACCCUCACACAAACACAUACAAAUACACACACACACACUGAGAGACAGCGAUAAUAUUUCCCAAAGCAGCCUUGAUGAAUGGUUAGACUGUAAGUGUGAAACGAGUGGCACACAUGCACCUUACACUUCCUACUCUAAUAACCUCAGUAAAGUCUGAUCGACUAAAGCAGAACGACAGGUCCAUAGACUCAGUGAACCACAUGCUAGUCCUGUAAGUCUCACAGAAUGUAUUCCCAAGCAUCAGCAAACAAACGCUUUUUUCGAACACGAGAGAGACGAUGGGAUGGGAACAAUAACGUUAUUUUUUCAUACUCAGAGAAAAGUUCAGUGCAGGGCGUUCAGAUCUCAGUUAAAAGAACACACCCACACACACACACACACGGAACAGAGAAACAGGUCUGGGCUUUUUUAACAACCACAGUUGACAAACGGCACGUGCGAUCCUGAAAGGACGGUUUCCUUUACAGCUCGUCUGUCUGGCUGUGGAGAUCAACCACGGCGUCUUAACCACACCGCAGUACAGAACUUCAGCAAUAUGAAUGUGGGGCUGACACGUUUCAGUCCCUUCGAAUGAUAAUGAAUCAGCACUUUUUACACUGCCAUAAACCUUAAAGUCUCCCUCCAGUCCAAUGCCAUUCACUCACCUUGCUUUCCUGUCACGUAACUUGACUGUCCACCAACCCGGGCAUCAGGAUGGAUCGACUGUUGCUAGACUGAUCGAUGCAUUGAUUGAGUGUUGGUUUUUGGAUUGAGGUUUUUUUCAUGAUCGUGCGUCGGAAAUAUACCUGUUAGUGGUUGGGGAUUUCAGCUGAAACACCAACUGCUUCUCACUGACUUUUUUUUUCUUCUCUUAAAUGUACAUUUUAUUUGUGGUUUUUACUUUUUUCAUUAUUGGUGUUUUCGUGUCAAAUCGUCUUUUAUAUAGUGUAUAUUUGUUCUCAUUUUGUCUUUCACGAUAUAGUCAUUGAAAUGUUGAAUCUUUGUUUAGACUGAAGAAGAAACGAUCAAUAUAUGAAUAAAAUAAAAAUAAA